AUGCGAUUUCGUCUGCCAUCAAAAUUGGAGCUCACCCCUCCGUUUAGAAUAGGCAUCCGAGCUCAACUAACGGCGUUAGUUAGUAUAGUGGCUUUAGGCUCACUAAUUAUUCUGGCUAUAACGACCGGUGUCUAUUUUACCUCGAACUAUAAAAAUUUAAGGUCCGACAGACUGUACAUUGCGGCCCAGCUAAAGUCAUCACAGAUUGACCAGACACUAAACUAUCUAUACUACCAAGCGUACUAUUUAGCAUCAAGAGACGCACUACAAAACUCUCUAACAAGUUACGUUGCAGGUAACAAAAGUGCGGAUAAUUGGGUAGACUCCUUAAGUGUGGUUCAAAAAUUUUUGAGCUCUUCAAACUUAUUCUAUGUCGCCAAAGUUUACGAUUCCUCAUUUAGUACUGUUUUGAACGCUACGAAUAAUGGAACUGGUGACCUAAUUCCUGAAGAUGUUUUAGAGAGUUUGUUCCCAUUAUCGACUGAUACACCGCUACCUUCUUCACUGGAAACUACAGGUAUAUUAACGGAUCCAGUACUAAAUAACACCGAAUAUCUGAUGUCUAUGUCUUUACCUGUUUUUGCGAAUCCUUCUAUUAUCUUGACGGAUUCAAGAGUUUACGGAUACAUCACUAUAGUAAUGUCGGCAGAGGGUCUGAAAAGUGUGUUCAACGAUACAACUGCUUUAGAAACAUCCAAUGUUGCCAUUAUAUCCGCAGUAUAUAACAAUCAGGGUAAAGCUUCAGGAUACCAUUUUGUCUUUCCACCAUAUGGAUCACCAACAGACCUACCGCGACAAGUUUUUCCCAUAAAAAAUAAUACCUUCAUAAGCAGUGCAUUCAAAAAUGGUAAGGGUGGGUCUUUGAAACAAACCAGUAGCUUUAGUAGUACAGGGAAUUUGGCUCUAGGCUAUUCACCAUGUUCAUUCCAACUGGUUAAUUGGGUCGCGGUAGUUUCACAGCAUGAGUCGGUCUUCCUUUCUCCAGCAACGAAGCUAGCGAAAAUCAUCACUGGUACUGUCAUAGCUAUUGGCGUCUUCGUCAUUUUACUAACCCUUCCUCUAGCACACUGGGCAGUUCAACCAAUUGUACGAUUACAGAAGGCAACUGAAUUAAUCACAGAAGGGAGAGGCCUGCGACCGAGCACUCCAAGAACAGUAAGCCGGGCCAGUUCAUUCAAAAGAGGAUUCAGUUCUGGAUUUACUGUUCCUUCCUCAUUAUUGCAAUUCAACACUGGUGAAGCUGGCAGCACCACAAGCGCAAGCGGCCAUGGAGGCAGCGGCCAUGGUAGUGGUGCCGCUUUUUCUACGGGCAGUAGCAUGAAAAGUGCUAUAAACCUUGGAAAUGAAAAACUGUCACCUUCAGAAGAGGAAAACAAAAUACCGAAUAAUCAUACCGAUGCCAAAAUAUCAAUGGAUGGCUCCCUAAACCACGACUUGCUUGCGCCACAUUCUCUGAAGCAUAAUGAUACUGACAGGAGUUCUAAUAGAUCUCACAUUCUUACAACUUCUGCAAACUUAACCGAAGCUAGACUACCAGACUACAGAAGACUAUUUUCUGAUGAACUUUCCGAUUUAACUGAAACCUUCAAUACUAUGACAGAUGCAUUAGACCAACAUUAUGCUCUUUUAGAAGAUAGAGUCAGGGCCAGAACAAAACAACUUGAAGCCGCUAAGAUCGAGGCAGAAGCCGCAAAUGAAGCGAAAACAGUCUUUAUUGCUAACAUUUCGCACGAAUUGAGAACACCUUUAAAUGGUAUUCUAGGUAUGACAGCUAUUUCAAUGGAAGAAACCGACGUUAGCAAAAUAAGAAAUAGUCUAAAACUUAUUUUUAGAUCAGGUGAGCUUUUACUUCAUAUUCUAACAGAGUUGUUAACUUUUUCCAAAAAUGUUCUUCAAAGAACGAAACUAGAGAAAAGAGAUUUUUGCAUUACCGAUGUUGCUUUGCAAAUAAAGUCAAUAUUCGGUAAAGUUGCAAAGGAUCAGCGUGUUCGUCUUUCAAUAUCAUUGUUUCCUAAUUUGAUAAGAACAAUGGUCCUUUGGGGUGAUUCCAACAGAAUCAUUCAAAUCGUGAUGAAUCUAGUAUCAAAUGCACUAAAGUUCACCCCCGUAGAUGGUACCGUUGACGUAAGAAUGAAAUUAUUGGGCGAAUACGACAAAGAAUUAAGCGAGAAAAAACAAUUUAAAGAAGUGUAUAUCAAAAGGGGAACUGAAGUGACCGAAGAUUUAGAAAACACUGAUAAACGCGAUCUUCCAACUUCAUCAAACCAUAGAAAAGGUGUUGAUUUGGAAUCCGCCGCCACUUCCAUAGCAAGUAAUAGAGAUACUUCGACAAUCCAAGAAGAGAUAACUAAAAGAAAUACUGUUGCGAAUGAAAGUGUCUAUAAGAAAGUGAAUGACAGAGAAAAAUCGUCGAAUGACGAUGUAUCUUCGAUAGUAUCAACGACUACCAGCUCAUACGAUAAUGCCAUCUUCAAUAGUCAGUUCAAUAAAGCACCUUGUUCAGAUGACGAAGAAGGUGGUAACCUAGGAAGAUCCAUAGAAAAUCCCAAAGCCUGGGUUAUUUCUAUUGAAGUCGAAGAUACUGGGCCUGGCAUUGACCCUUCCUUACAAGAAUCUGUAUUUCAUCCAUUUGUUCAAGGUGAUCAAACAUUAUCCAGACAAUAUGGCGGUACUGGCCUUGGUUUAUCCAUUUGUAGGCAGUUAGCAAACAUGAUGCAUGGAACGAUGAAAUUAGAGUCGAAAGUCGGCGUUGGUAGUAAAUUCACUUUCACCUUACCAUUACAUCAAACUAAAGAGAUUAGUUUUGCAGAUAUGGACUUUCCUUUUGAAGACGAAUUUAAUCCUGAGAGUAGAAAAAAUAGAAGAGUCAAAUUUAGCGUUGCCAAAAGUGUUAAGAGCCGACAAUCCACAUCAUCCAUCGCAACACCUGUUACAAAUAAAAGCGGUUUAACUAAAGAUGUGCUACCGGAGGAAAAAAUCAAAGACAAAUACGAGACGAAAGAUGUUGAAAACAUUAACAUGGGAAGAGAAGAAGAAAAUGGAAAUGGAAAUCUUGAGCAAUUACAGGAGAAAAAUAAAAAACCCUCUACAUUUCUCUCAAAUGCUGAAAGUAACGGACAGAAAUCUUUGUCUUCCAAGCAUCGUUCUCGACAUGAAAAUCUGGGUUCUGUGAAUCUCGAUAGACCAUUUUUGCAAAGUACUGGUACAGCUACAUCCAGUAGAAAUGUUCCCACAGUCAAAGACGACGAUAAAGAUGAAACAAGUAUCAAGAUUUUGGUUGUAGAAGAUAAUCACGUAAAUCAAGAAGUUAUAAAAAGAAUGUUAAACUUAGAAGGCAUUGAAAAUAUUGAACUGGCUUGCGAUGGCCAAGAAGCAUUCGACAAAGUUAAAGAAUUAACAUCAAAGGGCGAAAAUUAUAAUAUGAUUUUCAUGGAUGUCCAAAUGCCUAAAGUGGAUGGAUUACUUUCUACUAAGAUGAUAAGGCACGAUCUAGGCUAUACAUCACCAAUUGUUGCUCUAACCGCAUUUGCCGAUGAUAGCAACAUCAAAGAAUGCUUAGAAUCAGGCAUGAAUGGGUUUUUAUCGAAACCGAUCAAAAGACCGAAAUUAAAGACUAUUCUUGCAGAGUUUUGUGCGGCAUAUCAGGGAAAGAAAAUAAACAAGUGA